GACCGGAAGUUGUGCCCCGGCCGUGUCAACUUCGGCUCUGCAGACUGAGAGAGCCCGGCUGCCACCGCCACCAUGGGCGGGAAGAACAAGCAGCGGACUAAGGGGAACCUCAGGCCUUCAAACAGCGGCCGAGCUGCAGAACUCCUUGCCAAAGAGCAGGGGACAGUGCCUGGAUUCAUUGGCUUUGGAACAUCUCACAGUGACCUGGGCUAUGUUCCGGCUGUUCAAGGUGCGGAAGACAUAGACAGUCUUGUAGAUUCCGAUUUCCGGAUGGUGCUGCGGAAACUUUCCAAAAAAGAUGUUACAACAAAGUUAAAGGCAAUGCAAGAAUUUGGAAUUAUGUGCACAGAGCGAGACACAGAAGCUGUAAAAGGGGUUCUUCCAUACUGGCCAAGAAUCUUCUGCAAAAUCUCCCUUGAUCAUGAUCGCCGUGUUCGAGAGGCGACGCAGCAAGCUUUUGAAAAACUUAUCCUUAAAGUAAAGAAGCACUUAGCUCCCUAUUUAAAAAGCAUAAUGGGCUAUUGGCUGAUGGCUCAGUGUGAUACAUAUCCACCAGCCGCACUGGCAGCAAAAGAUGCAUUCGAAGCCGCUUUCCCUCCAAGCAAGCAACCUGAAGCCAUAGCGUUUUGCAAGGAAGAAAUUACAACUGUGCUGCAGGAUCAUCUUCUGAAGGAAACUGCGGACACACUCAGUGACCCUCAGUAA